AUGGCCCACGGCCAGCCUGACGUGAGCCACAUGUACGCGGCGCCCCAUCCGCCCACCUCGUACGCCUGCAGCGCAGACCUGUACCCCGACCCGUCGGCCAGCUACCUGGCCACCUCCACCUGCGCCGUGUCCUACCACCACCACCACCACCACCACCCCGCCCCCCCCUACAGCCCCAAGCCCCCCCCCGCCGACGGCCCACUGCUCCCCCUGCUCCCAGACUACGGGGGCUUCUACCCACCCGCCUGUCAGCGCGACCCCCCCGGGCCGGCCUUCCCGGAGAGGAAGACGCUGGCGUACCCGCUGGAGUCGCUCCGCCUGCCGCCCCCGCCCCUCACGCCGCUCAACACCAUCAGGAACUUCACGCUGGCGCCGCCCGGCCCGGCCCCCCAGGGCCCCGUCAUGGCGGCUGCGUUCGGCCACCACAGCCUGCCGCUGCGCCCCAUCCUGCGGCCCAGGAAGUACCCCACCCGGCCCAGCAAGACCCCGGUGCACCAGCGGCCCUACCCCUGCCCCGCCGACGGCUGCGACCGCCGCUUCUCGCGCUCCGACGAGCUGAGCCGCCACGUGCGCAUCCACACGGGCCACAAGCCCUUCCAGUGCCGCGUCUGCCUGCGCGCCUUCAGCCGCAGCGACCACCUGACCACGCACAUCCGCACGCACACCGGGGAGAAGCCCUUCUGCUGCGACACCUGCGGACGCAAGUUCGCCCGCAGCGACGAGAGGAGACGACACCUGAAGAUCCACCAGAGACAGAAAGACAAGAAGGCCUGCUAG